AACCAGGGGAGAGCUAAUCAAACCCUGCUGCUGCWGCAGCCCCGCGCGCCUUCUGUGGCUGGAAGAAAAAAUCUUUUUAAAGACAAACAAGAGRCGUCCUGUUAAAAACUCAAAGCGACUUUCCAUAAGUGGAACAUAUGUUUUUUUUAAGAACAUAUGUAAGACCGGACCUCUGUCCACCGCGUGCGGAAAAUGCGCCGCGCCGCGCUCUGAAACCCUGCGCCUAUUGAAUAUCUCCCCCAGUGGACUUGAACCGGAGAGGAGCCAAUACAAGCGGAGGGGAGGCGUGUCCUCGCUCUUCCUCAAGACCUCCCAAAGCAGGUUGUUGCGUUUUUUUUGGCUCUAAAGCCUGGAGACCUCCAAAGCGCUCGUCAGUUUUCCAAGUUGGAGCCAUGGCGACAACAGCUCAGUAUAUUCCGAGGAAUAACUCCUUGCCGUCCAACCCGCUCAUGCAUCCGGAUUCGGACAGGAUGCACCAGGGGACGACCUACAGAGAGGUGCAGAAAAUGAUGCACCACGAGUACUUGCAAGGGCUCGCGGCCACCAACACGGGGCACCCGAUGAGCCUGACGCACCACCAGUGGCUGCCCACCUCCAACACCGACUGGUCCAGCGGCACCCACAUCGGACAGCAGGAGCACAAAGCCAGCGUGCAGGCGAGCAGGGAGGACCUGAGCAGCGGCUUCCACCACAGAUCCCACCUGGUGCACCAGCAGACGCAGAAUGCCCACCACGGCUCGUGGGCUCCCGCCACGACGCACCACUUAUCCCCGCUGUCMCCCGCGUCCAACGGCCACCAGUCGCUGGUCUACUCCCAGCCGGGAUACACAAACCUUAACGCCAUGCUGAGCCCCCAGCCCGGCUCCCUGCACCACGGCAUGCGGGACCCGCUCCACGACGACACGGGCAGCCACGACAACCAGAUGGAGUCGCCCCAGCAGGCUUUCAGCCACCACCAGGACCACUCGGACGAGGACGCGCCCAGCUCCGACGACCUGGAGCAGUUCGCCAAGCAGUUCAAGCAGCGGCGGAUCAAACUGGGCUUUACGCAGGCGGACGUGGGCUUGGCCUUGGGCACCCUGUAUGGAAACGUCUUUUCUCAGACCACAAUCUGCAGGUUUGAGGCGCUGCAGCUCAGCUUCAAGAACAUGUGCAAACUUAAGCCGCUCCUUAACAAGUGGCUGGAGGAGACAGACUCCAACACGGGCAGUCCCACCAAUUUGGACAAGAUAGCCGCGCAGGGCAGGAAACGAAAGAAGAGGACCUCCAUCGAAGUGGGGGUGAAAGGGGCGCUGGAAAACCAUUUCUUAAAAUGCCCAAAGCCAUCUGCUCACGAAAUCAGCACUUUAGCCGGCACUCUGCAGUUGGAAAAAGAGGUUGUCCGUGUUUGGUUUUGCAACAGAAGACAAAAAGAGAAAAGAAUGACACCAGUGGGGGUCCCUCACCCGAAUAUGGAGGACGUAUAUUCCCAAGCAGAGACCCCUCCUCUACACCGCACACUACAGAGUCCUGUGCAGUGACUAUUUUCAUGAACAAUCCGAGCAUUUAGAGGAAAAAAAGGGGGGGAAAGGGACUGCGGAGUUUACAGUAUUUAAGUUUGGCUUUUAUUUUUGUUUGUUUUUUCCUGAGAGAGAGAGAAAGAAAAAAAAAGAGACAUGGGAAAGUUGAGCAGUUCAGUUUUGCCUUUUAGUAUUUUUGGAGAAAUCCAACAGAAUAGAUGAGAGAGGGAGAGAAAAAAUGUUAAGAAAACAAAGAAGGGUGGGGACGGAAUCGCUAAAGCUGAUUCAAUUUAAAGUGAAGCAAAGAUCUUUAUUUACCUUUUUUUUUCCAACACAGGAGACGUGCUUUUAAAGUAAACCCGGCUGUUUCUGACAGGCAGCGCACUGAGCCCAUCUCCUCCUGGUGUUCCGUGAACUCUUGGCGAUCAGCAGAAAACUGAUCAACACUGGAAAUAAAUAAUAAAUAAAUUUAAAAAAAAAUAAGUCCACACUGAAUGAACACUUGUUUACUACUUUGUUUUGUACGUUGACUGCUUCAUGUUGACUGCGAAGUCACCUUUAUAUUUAUGUUAUAGUAAUAUUUUAUUACUUACAUAAAACAUAUAUACAAAUAAUGGCCUGUUGUCUUCAUUCAGAUCCGAACCUUCCAGUUUUUGUUUUUGUUUCUUGGAGCUGCAGCAGGUAAACAAAGGUGAACAUGAGCAGAAAGUUGAGCGCAGUUUUGCGCGCCGGGCAGCGCAGGGCGCGCGCACAGAUCCGGUUAACCCAUUGGUUAUGUAACAAGACAGGUUCUGUUUGAGGGGCUGACAUCAGUGUUGAACCUCAGGCAUGCCCUGCUAACUUCACACUGUGUGACGCUCCUCACAUCUCUGUGUAUGAAAUUGUGCAAUAUUAAUAAUAACACACAAUUAUGUCCUUUUUUCUUCUUUCUUUUAUUAUUAUUUAUCUAAAUAUGUAUUCGUUUCAAGUCUCCAAAAUAAAACAUUCUGAUAUUCCUGUC